AUGCCCCGCAAGGGCGCCCAGCCCUCCACCGCCCGGCGCCGGGAGGAGGGGCCGCCGCCGUCCCCGGACGCCGCCAGCAGCGACGCGGAGCCCGAGCCGCCGCCCGGCCGCGCGGGGAGCCCGGCCCCCGACGCCGCAGAGACUCCAAGUGAGGACAUUGAUAAUAGAAGUUUAGAAGAGAUUUUGAAUAGCAUCCCUCCUCCCCCGCCUCCUGCAAUGACCAAUGAAGCCGGAGCACCUCGACUUAUGAUAACUCACAUUGUAAACCAGAACUUCAAAUCCUAUGCUGGGGAAAAAAUUCUGGGACCUUUUCAUAAGCGCUUUUCCUGUAUUAUUGGGCCAAAUGGCAGUGGCAAAUCUAAUGUUAUUGAUUCUAUGCUUUUCGUGUUUGGCUAUCGAGCACAAAAAAUAAGAUCUAAAAAACUCUCGGUACUAAUACAUAAUUCUGAUGAACACAAGGAUAUUCAGAGUUGUACUGUGGAAGUUCAUUUUCAAAAGAUAAUUGAUAAGGAAGGGGAUGAUUAUGAAGUCAUUCCUAACAGUAACUUCUAUGUAUCCAGGACGGCCUACAGAGAUAAUACUUCUGUCUAUCACAUAAGUGGGAAGAAAAAGACAUUUAAGGAUGUUGGAAAUCUUCUUCGAAGCCAUGGCAUUGACUUGGACCAUAAUAGAUUUUUAAUCUUGCAGGGUGAAGUUGAACAAAUUGCUAUGAUGAAACCAAAAGGCCAGACUGAACAUGAUGAGGGUAUGCUUGAAUAUUUAGAAGAUAUAAUUGGUUGUGGACGGCUAAAUGAACCUAUUAAAGUCUUGUGUCGAAGAGUUGAAAUAUUGAAUGAACACAGAGGAGAGAAGUUAAACAGAGUUAAGAUGGUGGAAAAGGAAAAAGAUGCCUUAGAAGGAGAGAAAAACAUAGCAAUUGAAUUUCUUACCUUGGAAAAUGAAAUAUUUAGAAAAAAGAAUCAUGUUUGUCAAUAUUACAUUCAUGACCUGCAGAAACGAGUUGCUGAAAUGGAAACUCAAAAGGAAAAAAUUAAUGAAGAUACCAAAGAAAUUAAUGAGAAGAGCAGUAUGCUAUCAAAUGAAAUGAAAGCUAAGAAUAAAGCUGUAAAAGAUGUAGAGAAGAAACUGAAUAAAAUUACAAAAUAUAUUGAGGAGAACAAAGAAAAAUUUACACAGCUAGAUUUGGAAGAUGUUCAAGUUAGAGAAAAAUUAAAACAUGCUUCGAGUAAGGCUAAAAAACUUGAGAAACAACUUCAAAAAGAAAAAGAAAAGGUGGAAGAAUUUGUAAGUAUACCUGCCAAGAGUGAGAAAAUCAUAACUGAGACAACAACUAGAAAGAAUACCCUUGAGAAGGAAAAAGAGAAAGAAGACAACAAAUUAAAGGAAGUGAUGGAUAGCCUUAAACAGGAAACACAAGGGCUUCAGAAAGAAAAAGAAAGUCAAGAGAAAGAACUUAUGGGUUUCAGCAAAUUGGUAAACGAAGCCCGUUCGAAGAUGGAUGUAGCCCAAUCAGAGCUUGAUAUCUAUCUCAGUCGGCAUAAUACUGCAGUGUCUCAAUUAAGUAAAGCCAAGGAAGCUCUAGUUGCAGCUUCUGAGACUCUCAAAGAAAGGAAAGCUGCAAUCAGAGAUAUAGAAGGAAAACUCCCUCAAACUGAACGCGAAUUAAAGGAGAAAGAAAAAGAACUUCAAAAAUUUACAGAAGAAGAAAUAAAAUGCAAAAGUUUGGUUCGUGAUCUUUUCCAAAAAGUUGAAGAGGCAAAGAGUUCCUUAGCAAUGAAUCAAAGUAGAGGGAAAGUCCUUGAUGCAAUAAUACAAGAAAAAAAAUCUGGCAGGAUUCCAGGGAUAUAUGGAAGAUUGGGGGACUUAGGAGCAAUUGAUGAAAAAUAUGAUGUUGCUAUUUCAUCCUGUUGUCGAGCAUUAGAUUAUAUUGUUGUUGACUCUAUUGAUACAGCCCAAGAAUGUGUCAACUUCCUUAAAAGACAAAAUAUUGGAGUUGCGACCUUUAUAGGUCUGGAUAAGAUGACAGUAUGGGCAAAAAAAAUGACCAAAAUUCAAACUCCUGAAAAUACUCCUCGAUUAUUUGAUUUAGUAAAAGUAAAAGAUGAGAAAAUUCGCCAAGCUUUUUACUUUGCUUUACGGGAUACCUUAGUAGCUGACAACUUAGAUCAAGCCACAAGAGUGGCAUAUCAAAGAGACAGAAGAUGGAGAGUGGUGACGUUACAGGGGCAAAUCAUAGAACAGUCAGGUACAAUGACUGGUGGGGGAAGCAAAGUAAUGAAAGGAAGAAUGGGUUCCUCAGUUGUUGAAGUCUCUGAAGAAGAGGUAAAUAAAAUGGAAUCGCAGUUGCAGAGAGACUCUCAAAAAGCAGUACAAAUUCAGGAACAGAAAGUACAACUGGAAGAAGCAGUAGUUAAAUUAAAGCAUAGUCAACGAGAAAUGAGAAAUACACUGGAAAAGUUUACUGCAAGCAUCCAGCCUUUAUCAGAGCAAGAAGAAUAUUUGAAUGUCCAAGUUAAGGAACUUGAAGCUAAUGUGCUUGCUACAGCCCCUGACAAAAAAAAGCAGAAAUUGCUAGAAGAAAAUGUUAAUGCUUUCAAAACAGAAUAUGACAAUGUGGCUGAAAGAGCUGGCAAAAUAGAGGCUGAGGUUAAAAGAUUACACAAUAUCAUCGUAGAAAUUAAUAACCAUAAACUCAAGGCCCAACAAGACAAACUUGAUAAAAUAAAUAAGCAAUUAGAUGAAUGUGCUUCUGCUAUUACUAAAGCCCAAGUAGCAAUCAAGACUGCUGACAGAAAUCUUAAAAAAGCGCAAGACUCUGUCUCUCGCACAGAAAAAGAAAUAAAAGAUACUGCGAAAGAAAUAGAUGACUUAACAGCAGAGCUGAAAAAUCUUGAGGACAAAGCGACAGAGGUCAUAAAGAAUACAAAUGCUGCAGAGGAGUCCUUACCAGAGGUCCAGAAAGAACAUCGUAAUCUACUACAAGAACUAAAAGUAAUUCAAGAAAAUGAACAUGCUCUUCAAAAAGAUGCACUUAGUAUUAAAUUGAAACUUGAACAAAUAGAUGGUCACAUUGCAGAACAUAAUUCUAAAAUAAGAUAUUGGCAGAAAGAGAUUUCGAAAAUAUCUCUGCAUCCCAUAGAAGAUAAUCCUGUUGAAGAGAUUUUAGUUCUGAGCCCAGAGGAUCUUGAAGCAAUCAAGAAUCCAGAUUCUAUAACAAAUCAAAUUGCACUUUUGGAAGCCCAGUGUCAUGAAAUGAAACCAAAUCUUGGUGCCAUUGCAGAAUAUAAAAAGAAGGAAGAAUUAUAUUUACAACGGGUAGCAGAAUUGGACAAAAUUACUCAUGAAAGAGAUAAUUUUAGACAAGCAUAUGAAGAUCUCCGGAAACAAAGGCUUAAUGAAUUCAUGGCAGGUUUUUAUAUAAUAACAAAUAAAUUAAAGGAGAAUUACCAAAUGCUUACUUUGGGAGGCGAUGCUGAAUUGGAGCUUGUAGACAGCUUGGAUCCUUUCUCUGAAGGAAUCAUGUUCAGUGUUCGACCACCUAAGAAAAGUUGGAAGAAGAUCUUCAACCUUUCAGGAGGAGAGAAAACACUUAGUUCAUUGGCUUUAGUAUUUGCUCUUCAUCACUACAAACCCACGCCCCUGUACUUCAUGGAUGAGAUUGAUGCAGCCCUUGAUUUUAAAAAUGUGUCCAUUGUUGCGUUUUACAUAUAUGAACAAACAAAAAAUGCCCAGUUCAUAAUCAUCUCUCUUCGAAAUAAUAUGUUUGAGAUUUCAGAUAGACUUAUUGGAAUUUAUAAGACAUACAAUAUAACAAAAAGUGUUGCAGUAAACCCAAAAGAAAUUGCAUCUAAAGGACUGUGUUAA